UUUGAGAACCUGAGAAAGGCGCACACACCCUUCCAACUUUCAACCAAACCAAUAAACAACAGAAUCAAAUCAACACAGUUCAAAAUUUUCCCAAAUUCCUGAAAUCCUCUCUUUCUUCCUAAAAGCCUUCUUCAAAUUCCAAUUCCAAUUCCAAUUCCAACGCAGGCCCCCCCACCCCCAUCAAAUCCCUAAACCCCCCAGUUUGCAAAGAGACGCAAGAAGCUGUGAGAAAAAUCCACACGGCAUCGAUCGAUCAACCGACUAGCCAAACCUAACAGUCAUCUCCUCCCUCGCUCUCAAUCGAUUCCAAAAUCUCCCAAGGUCUCUUCUUCCCCAGGUGCCGCUAUUGUUUCGGCUUGAUCUCUUGCUCUUGAUCUCGGGUUUCUAUUCUUCUUGCUUCGCAUUUCCCGAUCCUUCAGGUGGGUUGUUGCAUUCCGGGAUUUUUUGAGCUGCCCAGAUGGUUUUCCCGGUCACUGGUGCCGGUGACGAGGAGGAAGUGGUCCGGUUCUGAGGGACUGUUUAGCGCUCGGAGGAAUCUGAGGUGAACAAUUGUGCAGAAAUGAGCUCCACCACCUCGAGGCCGGUGACCGUCAAGGACCUGGCCGAGGAGGCGAAGAAGCGGAUUGUGUUCCUGGUUAUAUGCGUCGUGGGAUUGUCGUAUCUCAUGUCCUAUUUUGAUGCGCGGAAGAAAGCGGCAACGUAUAGCAGCAAGCGACCUGUAACUGCUGGCCCAUCUCAGAGGAAACCCGUUGAAGCUCCAAAAGUUAUUAAAAAAUCUGAUUGGAGAAAGAAAGUGGAUUCACCAGUUGUUGAAGAUGCCAUAGAUCACUUCACUAGGCACAUAGUGUCUGAGUGGGUCACAGACUUGUGGUACUCUCGGUUAACACCUGACAAAGAUGGCCCAGAAGAACUGGUGCGCAUCAUAAAUGAUGUCCUUGCAGAAUUUUCUGAUCGAUUGAGGAAUAUAAAUUUAAUCGAUCUCCUGACAAGGGAUCUUGUCAGUCUCAUCUGCACCCAUUUGGAAAUUUUCCGUAUGACUCAAGCUAGGAUUGAAAAGCAACAACCGGGGCAGAUAACAAUUGAGAACCGUAAUACAGCAUUGAGGCACAUUUUGGCUUCUGAAAACAAACUGCAUCCUGCUUUGUUUUCUGCUGAAGCUGAGCAUAAGGUCUUACAACACCUGGUGGAUGGCCUAAUAUCAUUUAUCUUCAAACCUGAAGAUCUGCAGUGUUGUUUUUUCCGUUAUGCUGCCCGGGAGCUUCUUGCAUGUGCAGUCAUUCGACCAGUAUUAAAUUUGGCAAAUCCAAGAUUCAUCAAUGAACGGAUUGAAGCCAUUUACAUUUCUAAGACCAAUGCUGCUAAAGCUGCACUUGUAGCACAAGAAUUGCAGUCAAAAACUGGACCAUCAAGGGUGUCAGCAGAUCAUUUCUCAAGGUUUCUCGAUCCAACUGUAACUGGUGUUGAACUUGUUCAGUUGAAAACAAAAACAUCCGGUUCUGAUAAACCAGAAGCAGACCAUGUAAAUAGAACCCGUCUUUCUAAAGAUCCAUUACUUUCCAUUGAUACUCGGUCUUCUCGCUCAUGGGGUUCAAUGCCUGCAAAUUCUCAAAAUGGUGAUGAUAAAGGUAUUCAACGGCAUCGCCCUGGAGGUGAGUGGGGAGAGAUGCUAGAUUUGAUUUCUCGUAGAAAGGCCCAGGCCCUUGCGCCCGAGCAUUUUGAGAACAUGUGGACCAAAGGGAGAAAUUAUAAGAGGAAGGAAGGGGAGAAUCGGUUGAUCGAGCAAGUUCCUCAGAAUUCUUCAACUAUGAGGCCUGUGUCUAGUGACAAUUCAAAGACAAUGCCGAAACCUAUAGAAAAGGAGAAUACAGUGAAGAACCAUCCCUCAGGGAGCAAUGCCCAUGCCUUGGAAUGUGGGGAUGCAUUAUCAGUAAGUAACUCUAAACAUGUCGAUAAGAGCUUUCCGAGUUAUUCUGAAACUCAUGAAGAUGAUGAGCAUAGUCCUAUGCGAUUGGAGGAGAUUGACUCUGGAAGUACUUCAUACACUUCUUCUGAUGAAGGAACUGGCACUGUUACAGGCCUGGACUCUCCUGGUACUAAAGUCUGGGAUGGUAAGAGUAAGAGAAACGCGGUUUCUCACAUUCAUCAUCCACUAGAAACCAUUGAAGGCCAUUAUGCAAAAAAGACAAGUAAAGGACAGCUUCGCUAUCAAAGAUUUCCCAAUGGCCAGUCUGGCAGGAAGAGGUCUAGUGGAAGAAAGGUUCCAGUGUGGCAUGAGGUUGAGAGGACGAGUUUCUUGUCUGGGGAUGGACAAGAUAUACUCAAUGCAUCAAAAGGUUAUGGAAAUGGUGAAGUCUCAAGUGACGAUACUGAUGAUGAAAUUUUGAGUAGAGCGAAUAGUGGAGCAGCAGCUUCUUCAUCUGCACCAUCUGCAUCUCUUCCAGAAUACCAUACUCCAACUGUUAACUUGUCGCAAGAUUCAUUGGUUCUGGAAUCCUUUUUAAGGUUAAGAUGUGAGGUGCUUGGUGCAAAUAUUGUAAAAAGCGGCUCUAAAACUUUUGCUGUCUAUUCCUUAUCUGUCACAGAUGCUAACAAUAAUAGCUGGUCUGUCAAAAGAAGGUUUCGACAUUUUGAGGAGUUGCAUCGUCGUCUAAAGGCUUUUCCUGAGUACAAUCUCCAUUUGCCCCCAAAGCAUUUCCUUUCCACUGGUUUGGAUGUUCCUGUCAUUCAGGAAAGGUGCAGAUUGCUUGAUGGAUAUUUAAAGAAGCUGAUGCAGCUCCCUAGAAUUUCUGGAUCGAUUGAAGUUUGGGACUUUCUAAGCGUUGAUUCUCAGACAUAUUAUUUCUCAAAUUCAUUCUCGAUUGUUGAAACAUUGUCAGUUGACUUGGACAAUAAACCAUCUGCAAGGAACAAAACAAUCUCGACUUUUGCGGGGCCAAUGGUCAACCCCUUAUCCAGAAAAGAAAGUUUUGUCCCAGAAAGUAGGGAAACCGUGCUGCAAAUGAAGCAUAGUCCUGCACCAGAUGGUUCAAGAUUGAACGCCAAAGAGAAUGAUGUUGAUGGUAGAGGGAAUGAUGUUAGGGAAGAAACAUCCAAAAUACUAAUUGAUGCUGCUAAUGACCCUACCCUUCCUACAGAGUGGGUGCCUCCCAAUUUAAGUGUCCCACUUUUAGAUUUGGUUGAUGUCAUCUUCCAGCUCCAAGAUGGUGGGUGGAUCAGAAGGAAGGCCUUUUGGGUAGCUAAGCAGAUUUUACAGCUGGGGAUGAGUGAUGCAUUUGAUGAUUGGUUGAUGGAAAAAAUUCAGCUACUUCGUCGGGGGUCGGUGAUUGCUUCAGGAAUCAAGCGAAUUGAGCAGAUACUUUGGCCCGAUGGGAUAUUUAUAACUAAACAUCCAAAGCGACAAAAGCAGCCUCCAGCUGGCAGCUCACCACAAACACCACAUGGUCAGCAACCCACAGAAAUAGCUUCACCUAGACUGAGUGACGAGCAGCAACAAUUUGAAGCAGAACGACGGGCGAAGUUGGUGUAUGAGUUAAUGAUUGAUAAGGCACCAGCUGCUAUAGUAAGCCUGGUCGGGCGCAAGGAGUAUGAACAAUGUGCAAAGGACCUCUACUACUUUCUUCAGUCUACAGUAUGUCUGAAGCUACUAGCUUUCGACCUGCUUGAGCUGCUGCUUCUAUCAGCAUUUCCGGAGCUUGACUACGUUUUUAAGCAUUUGCAUGAGGAGAAACAUAGAUUUGGCGAGUUCCGAGCAAACUAGUGGAGUCUCCUGGCACGGGAUUGACUUGUAAGUAGAAUGGUCACCCGGCAUUUUCUCUUUCAGGUGGUGUAUCAUUUGACGCGUCAUUCAUUGAAUUCAUCCCAUACCCGAUUGAAUAUCGUCGUUACAGCCUUCUGCGAUUUAUAUCGCCAUUCUUUCUGUUUUCCUCUCCCGAAAAUGGUGGAUUACCCUUUGAUUGUGGGGUUGAGAUUCCCUAGCAUAGGUAUACAAAUCUUGUAAAUAGCCUUUCUAGUUUGCAUUUUGAGGAAAGUUAUAUGGUGUAAAUCGUGAGAUAAAGAUAGAAGAUGUACGGUGAGCGAAAUGUAAAGUUUGGUCCAUUAUUCAUCACAACUCCACAUAUCGCGGACGACGAUUCUGAUUUAUUAUAAGAACAACAUGCAUGCAAAUGCAUAUGCCAUGUAUCA